AUGUCUCUUCCUGAAACCUCUCCAGAGGAACAAGCCUGUGAACGGUUCUUUCAGGACACGGUGAAGCGCACCAGCGACGGACGCUUCAUAGUGCAGCUACCAAUCAAAUCAGAUAAAUUAAUUAGUCUUGGAGAAUCUAGGGAUAUAGCUACACGUCGUUUCAAAUCCUUGGAAAGGCGACUUGUAAACACACCAAAGAUGUACACGGAUUACAAGCAUUUCAUGCAAGAGUACAUCGAUCUCGGGCACAUGCGAGAGGUAACACAUCCUUUGGAAUCCGUCGAUAAAACCUACUAUCUCCCACACCAUGCUGUAUAUAAGGAGACAAGUACUACAACCAAAAUGAGAGUCGUUUUCGAUGGCUCCUGCAAAAGUUCAUCUGGAGUUUCUUUAAAUGAAGUACUAAUGGUUGGCCCUACCAUCCAGGAUGAUCUUUUUUCGAUAUUGGCCAGAUUCCGUACAUUCAAGUAUGCCUUGACUGCUGACAUCGCCAAGAUGUACAGACAGGUUUUGGUUGAUCCCAGUCAAACUGCUCUUCAACGCAUUUUGUGGCGUAAUUCUAUAGAUGAACCAAUUCGAACAUUUGAACUGAUGACUGUCACAUAUGGCACUGCGUCUGCAGCAUUUUUAUCCAUUCGUGCCCUCAGGCAGUUAGCUGAGGACAAUAUCUUCAAGUUUCCCAUCGGAGCCAAAGCUGUACUAAGUGACUUCUACGUCGCUGAUUUGGUUACUGGUGCCGACUCAUUGCAACAAGCAUUAACUAUCAAGACCGAGACCUCUCAGCUGCUCACAGAAGGCCGAUUUGAGCUACGCAAGUGGGUUUCCAAUGAGUCAAGCCUUCAAGACGAUUCAUCGUUAUAUCCUCUAAGGGAAUUCAUUCUAUCAUCUGACAAAGACAGCGAGACGCGAACGUUGGGCCUU